AUGCCGAUUUGCAAACGUGAUGGAUUCUAUAAUGUUAGUUCAAAGGGGAAGGACGAAACAUUUCACGACAAUGAAGAUGUUUUCUAUUGUGAAGUGACUAAGGAAAUAUUCAAGGAUUAUGAGGAUUACUUUCGCCAUGUAAUGGCCAUAAACAGCACUGUGUGGCAGUGUGAAGCCACCGGAAAAGACGAUCUGACAUAUGCAGAGGCUUUGAAAAGUGAGCGACGAGCUCGCAAGAAAAUGGAAAUGUUCAAGGAUUGUCUGAGAGCACCUGUAAUGUUGGUCAUUGAACAUGCCAAACAGAGCUCCUUGAAUGUCCUGAAUGCCUUAACAUUCCGCUUCUUACGCAAACGUUUCUUCCUUAACGAGGAGGUAUACACGGGGAAAGGCCCCAAUUCAAUAUAUCGAGUAGAGAGUAUAAGCUCGCCCGACAACAAAGUCCCCGCCAAUGGUGUGUACGAAGACACAGACAAAUUGAUGUACAAAUUAAAAGGGUUGGGGAGUAAAGGCGCAGAACUUACCGUGCCAUUCGAGAAAAUACGAAGGAAGAAAUUUGAAUUUACUGGUGAAAAUUUACAAAUGUUUAUUAAGAAUAAUGUUAUUAGGGUGGAUGGAAUAUUGAGGCCAAAACCAGAAUCAUACCAAAAGUAUGUUACAGAUCGAAAAAUCACAUUUGAAUCCCUGUUUAUUGGGAAGAUGCCACACUUCACACCAGCGAAAAUUAAGAAACCAGAUGAAAGCAAGAACAAACAGUCCACAUUGAAUAAUUAUUUCGGUAAAAAAGACAAUGAUAAGACAUCUGGGUCAUCAAAGAGCGAGAAGGCCAAACAAGAAAAGGAGAAAGAAAAGGCCGAUAAGUCGGAGUCUAAGGCUAAGGCACUAAAGGAAGAAAUGGAACGUAUAAAGCGCGCCAAAGAAGAAACUUUAAUGGCUCAAAUGCGUGAAAAAGCCGAAAAGAGAGCCAAGCUGUUGGAAAAAAUUGAAGAAGAAGUUACUUCUUUACUUACCAAAACCGAUGAUUUGGAGCGCACAGAUCAACGUUUAAUGCCUGUCUAUACACCCAUAAAAACGGUGAUAUCCACAAAAUUGCUAGGCGAUGCUUUCAUGUUGCGAGAAUUUAUGCAUACCUAUGCCGGUUUGUUAUCGGGCAUUGAAGUGUUCAAAAACAAUCUCAGCUUCUAUGAAAUGGCACGUUCGUUUACCGUACGUGAAGUGGCUGGUCCACUCUCUGAUAUAUUGCUUAUACUUGUCGGAACCAUUUUCGAUUUACAGCGAGAGGAAGAGGAGGAAGUGUAUAUUUCUUACAAAGCGUCCUCACAGUCUAUACCCUAUUGGACACAUAAAUAUGUGCAACGGCAUUUCUCGUUUCGUCUCCACGAACUUCCAUUGGAUGCGUUGACAGUAAGUGAGGUGUUACGCCUACAUUUGUUGGCUUCGGGGGCUUGUGUGAAGGAGAAACAGGCCGAGAAAUGGCGCAUCAUGUAUCGCAAUGGCUACACAUCGCAGGAAGAUCCUGGUUUAGAACUGAGAGCUCGACACCCACAUAUUUUGCGGGCUUUAAAAAUGUACACCAUCUAUCAGUUGCCAUUCUUCGAUAUCAUGCGUGUUCUAAAAUGCCUCAUGGCACAAAUUCUAACCUACUCGCCCACAAUAAAUCUCAUCGAGGAACGUAUGGAACAAAUGGCUACAGCUAGACAAGAACUAAGGACACUAAUUGCCGCCGAAAAGCAAAGGGAGGCUGCUGUACAGGCACAAAAGAAAACUCUUACCGUUGAAUUUAAUGUUCAAUGCUUGGACGAUGAAACUAAAAACAAUCCCGAAAAGAAGAAGUCCCUGGAAGAUAAACUCAACAAGAAAAUAGCCGAAAUAAUGGCUACAUCGGAAAGGGAAAAACGUAAAUUUGAUCAACAAAUUGCCAAUACCCAUAGUUCGCUGUUUAACUUUUUGGUUUACUUGGGCAUGGACAGAGCUUACCGCAAGUACUAUGUCCUGGAAUCCAUGCCUGGUAUUUUCGUAGAACAUCCUGUUGAAUGUUCAGACAGAUGUUUGGACAAUCCACCCAAGAAUAAUUUAUCCAAAGGUCUGUCAUUGGACAAAGCUAAUUUGCCCAAGAACCGUGCAAAUCUUCGGGCAAUGUUGCUAAAAAUGUACACCGAACAGGAAAAGAAAUCGAAAAAUGACAUUGCUGCUCAAGAGGACAAAGAAAAUCUCAAUCAACAAAAUGGAACUGUGGUAAACGGUCUGGCCAAUGGCCAUGCCAACGGAGAGAAAAUGGAUGUUGACGAAGUAUCCCCCGCCACUACGACCGAGGAAUCUGCUCCCACACAAUAUCAACUGUUUAUGUGCACAGGAAAUCCACGCGAAUGUAUUGUCCACGAUGAACGUAAUCCCGAUCGUCAUCGAUGGUCAUAUCUCUAUAAGAAGGAAGACUUAGAGGCAUUAAUUGAAUCGCUAAAUCCCCUAGGCUAUCGAGAGUCCGAGUUACGGGAACAACUGACUACGCUUAAAGACCUUAUUGCCGAACACAUAAAGAAUUGUCCCGUCGAUAUGUUGAAUAUCGAAACCAAAAACAUAUCCAAGUUCAAUCAAAGCAUGAUGAGCGAAACUAUGCGCAAAUAUAACAAAUCCAAUUUUGGCUUCCCCAUCGAUGGAGCUGAUCUCAAUGAGGUUAUGUACGGUGCCUUGGUCGAUCGUAUACUUCAAUUUGAGAGUGAAAUUUACACCGGCGACUUGGGACGUCUUAAAGUGAAAGAUAUGCAAAAAUGGCGUGACGAUUUACAAAAUAGCCGUUAUGAUCCACAAGUUAAACUGCAGUGGGGUCCACCGAAAAAUACACCUGCAUCAGCAUCUACGGAGUCAUCUGAAGUUGAUGGUGACAAGAAAGCAGAUGAAGAUGAUGAUGGUUCAGACAAUGAAACAGAACAAGGGGAAAAUGAUGAGCGAAAUUAUGCCGGUAAACCAUAUCGUGAUCCUGGUGAAAGUUUAGGUGAUACAUUGGAAAUUGAUUCCGAGGAUUCAGCCGAUGAAGGCAUUUCAUUACACGAUUCGGAUACAUUACGUUCGUAUGUAAAACAAUUGUCGUCGGCAUUGUUGCAAGUAGAACAAGCUGUCGAAAGGCGUUUCCUUAAGGAGCCAUUCGGUGUUAACAGUAAUGUCAAGGAUAAAGAUGUGCUCGAACAUAAACUAACACUGGCAGCAAAUCGUUUACGUCAAUGGGAAGUUUCGCUAAUGGAGAGUACAAGUUAUUCACAGGUCUUUCUUCACUUAAAUGUUCUGUAUGACUGCAUAAUGUGGGCACGAUCCACAAAUAAAUCCAACUGUGUCGUUUGUCGUCGCGGCAGUGAUCCUGACAAAAUGUUACUUUGUGAUGAGUGUAAUGCCGGUACGCACAUGUUCUGCAUGAAACCAAAAAUGAAGACUGUUCCCGAAGGCAAUUGGUAUUGUAAGCGUUGCGUCGAAAAGUUAGGACUUCAGAAUGCCAAUGACAAGAAAAAUAAAACCACACAGCGUCGUAAACGCAAGUUUAUUGUCGAAGAGGAUAAUAGUGAUGUGGCAUCGGUAUCGUCGGAGACAACAGGUUCACGAAAUGGUGGUGGUGGUGGUCGAGCAACAAAUGAUAAGGGUCGUAACAAACGAUUACAGUCCAAUGAAAUUGAAGAUAUGCUGGAAGAGGAUGAUGAUGACGCCGCAGGUGAACAAGAAACAAUUGAUGAGGAUGCUGUUGCCGCCGAUAUAAGUAUGGAAGAAGAAGAGGGUGCAGAAGAAGCCGACGAAGAUGCAGAAGCCGAUGAAAAGGAACAAUCGAACAAUGAAUCUGAAGUUGAUGAGGAUGAAAAUGUGUGCAACAUAUGUUCGUAUGAUGGCAGUGAAAUAUCCUGUACAACAUGCAAAGAUUCCUUCCAUUUAGAAUGUAUAAAAUUAAAGCGUAUGCCGCGCUACAAUUUUGUAUGCAACAAAUGUAAAACAAAUGAAAAUUCCAAGAAGCGAAAGAGCAGAGCAAAUGGUAAGUUUGUGAAAGAACUCGAAAAUUUAUCCGAAUUUUUAUAACACAAUUCUCUUUUGUUUAUUGAAGAUUCUCAAUCAGACGAAGAAAGCAGCGACGAUGAUGAACCCUUGGUUAAACGUGGUCGUGCAUCUCGUCCCUCCUCACAACGUAAUUCGCUGGCUAACACAAAAGCCGAACAAGACUCAACCACAAAGUCAUCAAACAGCCGACGUUCAAUACGUCGCACUGCCGACAAUUUACCCUUGAACAAUUCAAUAUUAUAUGAACUCUUGGAGAAGAUUAUGAAACAUGAACAUGCCUGGCCAUUUUUGAGACCCGUAUCACAAUCCGAAGUACCCGAUUAUUAUGAUAUCAUUAAGAAUCCCAUGGAUUUUGCCAAAAUAAAAUCGAAAUUAAACAUGGGUUCAUAUCAAAUCAAUGAGGAGGUGAUGCGUGAUGUUGAACUUGUGUUUGGCAAUUGUGAUGAAUACAAUGUCAAAGGCAAUGAAAUCUAUGAGGCUGGCGCAGCAUUGGAAAAAUAUGUCAUAGACCUGUGUAAAGAACUGAAUCUACCAUACAAACCAAGCGAUAUGAAUUCAGAAGUUUAGUCCAAUUAAACC